ACUGCUGCUGCGUUCAGAAAAUGGCCGACAGAUUUUCUAGAUUCAACGAAGAGCGUGAUUUCCAGGGUGGGAAUCACUUUGACCAGUAUGAAGAGGGCCAGCUGGAGCUGGAGCAGGCAUCCCUGGACAAGCCCAUCGAAUCGCGAAUUGGCCCCUAUUAGCUAAGCAGCAAUGACCCGUUUCUCUCUCGCUCCCUCCCUACUACACAGUGAUUCGGUGUACAGUACCCUCUGUCAUUCUGUGCUGGCAUGGUGCUUGUGCAACUGGGACUGCAUUUUUCGCUGAAAAGGCACUUCAAUAAUAGCGCAGGCAGCUGUCUUCUUUCUGUCUUUCUUACUUUCUCCAUACCCCCGUUCUGUCUCUCAAGCAGUGUGGUGAGCAGGCCCAAACUCUGCUUGCUUUCAGUUUUAGGUCACUUUAUGAAGCAUGUCAGAUAGAAUCAGUAACCACAUAGAGUUAAAUAACUCUUUACCUGAAAUACAAAUAAAUUAUUAAAAAAAACAGAAACUAAUUCUUUAAUCACAGAGUAUACAGUAGUAAAUGGGUAUAAUGAUGAAUGAAAAAUGGAGGAACUUAGAUGAAUUCUAAGUACUGUAAAAUAAUUUCUAACCACAGUAUUAGCUUGAGAAAUAACUUGCAUGUUUUGGAUUAAACACAGCUGUAUGCUAUAAAAGGAUUUUACUGAGCCUUUGAUUUGACCAAGCCUCGUUGAAUUUUUAAGGAGGAUAGUACUCUGUUAACCAAGAACAUUAAAAGAUUCUAUCCAUGUAGAAUUUUAUGUAUGAAGUAGUUCCUCACAGAUACAAAAAUGAUCGUACUGUGUGGGAGAGAGAUGGAGAAAACAGUGAGGGAGAGAGGUGGCCUGCUCACCUGGCUUAAGUGGCUCUUUUGCUCCUGCGCUAUUAUUUGUGGAGGGGUCCUGAGGGCCAUGCUGCAGCAUCACACAGCUCCUCACACGUCAGCAGAGGUGUUGUCAACUGUCACUUACUGUUAGCAUUAUUGAACAUAAUUGUUUGUGUAGUGCAUGCUCAAAAACAAGGUGAAUUUACCUACAGUACUGUGCAAAAGUACUUAGGCACCCACCAUUUAUUCAUAUUUUGCUUUGGAGGACAAAAUGGCAGGCCUAAAAAAAAAAAAAAAAGGAAAAAAAAAAGCAGUAGAUAAAUGUAUCUGAAAGCCAUGUCCUUGAGAAACAUUAAACAUGGGGAAAAGAAACAUGAUAUUGUUAUCAGUAUGUAUGGAAGAGGUCAGGAGAGAGGUAAAAGUAUUUGUAAGACCCGUUGGAGGCUCUGUCAUGGUUUGGGGCUGCUUUUCAACCAGUUCAGAUCUUUUCAAAAUUGAAGGAAUUAUGAUCACACACAAAAUACGGGCAACACCUUCAUUUUUCAGCCUGACAGGGAUGCAGUACAGUAAAGGCAUACCUUUUUAUAGAAAUGCACACCCUGGAACAUUAACAGUCAUGGAUUGGUCUCCCCAGACCCAAGGGCCUCAACAUUAUUGAAGCAGUGUGAGAUCAUCUUGGCUGAACUUCUGUUUUUGAACAGAACUUCUGUUCUGUUUAAAAAGCAGCCAUCAUCCAAAGAAGAGCUUUGAACUGACCUUUAAUUAGCGUGGAGUACUAUUCCUGAGGACUACUUAAAGAAAUUAUAAGAAAGCGUAAGAAAGUUCAGGCUGUGCUGAUGAAUAAAGGUGGUCAUUCCAAAUAUUGACUUUCAUACUCAUCAGAAUUGUACAAACUUUGUGGGGGGGUUUGUUUUGUUUUUGUGUUUUGCAGAUGUUUCAAUAAUACUUUUGCACAGUACUGGAUAUGCAAGCAUAUAUCAGGUGAUAUUUGAUGAUUCAGAAUAUAUUAUGAGGCUGUUCUUAAUUUAAAAAAAAAAGGUGUAGUACAGUUUUUAAAGCAAAAAAAUGUAACUAUAUUAUGCUGACCAAAUCCCCCAAAGCAUGUUUUAAAAACAGAAUUUAAUACUUGGAUGUAAAUGACACAAAUACAAGUAGAUCUGAAAGUCUGCAUUAAAUUUUAAGCUAAGUUAUUAUGUUGACACGUCUAUCCCAGCUUCCUUAGUGAAAACUUCUAAGGUAGUAGAAUUUGUGGCAGUUGAUCACCAGUGUUACAUCUCAGAGCUGUUGGUGAAUGCUUCGGCCUAGCUUCUCGGAGCCCCUCUCCAGCCACUUAUUGUGUGUGAUCUAUAGGCAGCUAGAGGUCUGUGGUACUUUAUUGGGAUCUUUUUUUCUCUUCCUAUCUUUCCCAUUUGGUCUUUGCUAUUUUCUCUAACACUAUUUUUGCAUUGCAUGUGUUAACUUGAUAGCAUUCAGUACUAUUUCCUCUCAACACUCUGUCUUAAUCACAACUACAACCUUUUCUCCCAGACUCAUUCCCCCCACGUCUCUUGACCCUCCUAGUCCCUCAAUCCUACCAUCCUCCUUCCUUCCCUGACCUGACCCAGUACCAGAGCGAUAUGCAGCGGGCAGCCUCAGAGCCACAGAAACCACACAGCUGUCCAAUCCAAGAAACACAUGUAUUCAGGCCACAGGGAGAUUUAUUUCUCUAUUAUGUGUUUACUAUGCUACUUGUAGACAUUAUGAUUGUCUUAAAGUUACCAAGGUUCUCAUGGGAACAUUUGGGUGACGGUGUAUCAGCUGUUACUGAAGUAUGCAGGGUUUUGCAUUACAGCCAGACAGUAUCUGACAGCUGUUUAUCCUUGUUUGACUUCUGUCACAUAAAAGGUAGGAAGAACAACAGCACAAGCAAAAGGUCAAACACAACUGACCCACAUUUUUCACAACACCACAGUCUCUAAAUUUACCACAGCUACCAAAGGGGGCCAUAAUUGAGACCAUCCCAAAUGAUUUAAGUAGCUUAUUGGACAUUAACACACACUCACACACAAAAAGAACAGGAACACCUAUCUGUUUAGAGGUGUUUAUUUCUUAACUAGACUGCUAAAUUUCCUCACCUUGAUAUGUGACUUCAGAAUUAUGAGGUAAGUACAUGUUUUUAGUUAUUUUAUUUUAAAUAAAUUAAAUAAAAUUGGCCACGUCUACACAUAUACAAAUAAGGUUAUUAUUUUAUUUAAUUGCCUUUUCGUGCACUUAGAUGGUUGUUUUCAUUUAGUCAUACGUAGAGUAACUGACAACUACAGAGCUUCUCUUUCAAGGCAAUUGCUAAAAUGAAUGAAGAGCUGCAGAAAGCAAUCUUGUCUACCACCACUGAAAAUAUAUGGUUUUUGUUAGCUUAGGUCCAUACAUUUAUGAGUAUGCCUGUCCAGUAUUGGCAUGUCUUUAUUAAUCUGAGCUAAAGCAAUUUCUCACACCCUGACAGGGACACACAAACACACACAUACUGUCUCAUUAAAAUGGCUGCAUAGGCUGACUCACUAAAAGUAAAUACUCUGAGGUCUCCAAAUGGGGUCCCCUGCAUAUCACUUCCCUUUUUACAUAUCUGUUGCCAUGCACUGUGCCAUUGAAAGCACAUUGCACACUCUUGAACACCUCCUCUUGUAGAGGUCUUUGUUUGGAUAACAUUUUCUAUUUUUUUUCUUUCUCUUGUAUUAACAGUCAGUUGGUGGAUUUAUUGAAAUGCCUACCUUUUCUGUUUGUAUACAGUAUUAUGUUUGUUUUAAAGCAGAGAGAGAUUUGUAUUUUUAAGAACUAGAGAAGCUAGCAGAAUUGCAGUUGAAAGCGUUUGGCCGGUUUCUUACGUUGUGUCACGUGUGACUGUUUUUUUGACAGCCCAGUAUUUUAAAGCCAGGUUCGUAUGGAAAUGCCUUCACUCCACUUGCACUGCUGUUGGACUCGCCGUCGUUGCUUUCAUCUGUCUGUCUGUCUAUUCUUUUGGUGCACUCGUCUGUUCAACACCCAGUCUGCUCCUCAUCUCCGCCCUCUAACUUUUGCUGAACACAUUUUGAACGCAUCGUUUUCUCACUGUCAGCAGUUGGAACUGUUGCCUCAUCCAACAUGCCCUUGCUGGGUUUUUCUUUUUUUUUUCUUUUUUGUUGUUGUUGUUUUUUUAAGGGGGGGAGGUUGUUUUUUAAUAUAAUUAAUUGAUUUAAAUACAAAAAAUUGAUUUGUUAAAGGGAGCAUAUACAUUUAUGGCACUUGAGUCUGAGUCUUUUUUUUUUCCUAACUACCACGUUAUGUGCUGGAGAAAUAAAUCAGCUAACAUCAAUUGCGCAGAGGAUGAGGGAGUGCCUUUCUCAGCAGUUAGUUCAGGGUGGAUUUUAUUUUCUCGAUUCCUUCUUCAUAGGUCAGCUAAUUCCCCUCAUCAAUAAAUGCUUUUUGUGUAGAGUCUUGUCACACUCCAAUACUGCAGUUAAGGACAGAAGCAGGUCCUGUGUCAAGAACAGGAGUGGCUUUCACUGCAGCAAAUUCUGCAGUGUUUUCCCCUAACAAUAAAUUCAGAGCACAUUUUGUCUAUUAGGCAUGAAGAAAUGAUCCUUAGUGGCCAUAAAGCUUCUAAUUCUUAUAAGUCCUUGCCCAACUGCUAGGCAGCAACAAGUAAUAAACAGUGAUUUGCAGGACUUUUUAAUUUAGCCUUCAGUGUCCUGAUUUAGGAGUUGAUUCAGGCAGUCUGUCUCCAGUUGCCUUCCUGCCAUGUUAGUCCUAGCACAUAUUUCUCUCUUAUCUCAUCCCACAGCGGAAAGGAUCUGACAGUUGCACAGUAAAAAAAAAAACCAACCCACCAAACUGUAACAUAAACAGCAAGUGAAGAAUUUGAGUCUUUCUUGAGCAUUUGCUGCAAAGAUCAGCCAGAUGAUUUGGAUAUGUUAUUCUUGUCACUAAAAUGCAAAGUAUUUUUAAGUGUCCUGAGUAUGUCACAAUUUACAAGUAUGUCACUUGUAAAAUGGGGCAAAGGAAGGCAACAGUUUACUCUGAAAAAGCACCUUAAAAAGGGCCACAGCCAGAUGUAUCUCAAUUAAAGUCUCGUGGGCGGAGAUGCAGUAUGCACACUGCGUGUGUGAGUACCACUCCCCUUCACAUGCACUAACUCAUACAAGCCCAGUUCACCUUCACCACCCUAGAAACUCACCCUCAUCAUGGCUCAGCCUGCUCUGUUCUGCUCCCAACCUCCUGUUUUUACCAAAGAGAACUAAUUGAGCCCUGUUGAGCCAUCACUUUCCUCUCUGUGCCUGAACCACCUGAGACUAACACAGUUGGAGUUUUUUUUUUUUAACCCGCCCACACCCCUCAGCCCGCCCCACUCCUCUGUAUGUGUACCAUUCACAGUGCGCUACUAACACCGACGAUCCUUUUUGUUAAAACUCUUUAACAAAAAGCUGCAUGCAGUUUUUUUCUGUUUAAACCCCUUCACUUUCUGUUUGUGAAAGUUGAUGUCAAUCUCUUUGUGAUUAUAAAUAUCCUUUUUUGUUUGGUUUGUAUGUUUUUUUGGUAGAAUGCAGCACUCUGGUGAAUGUUAGACAAGCUUGGAAUAGUUAUAAUCACAACAGCAAAACACUGCUUAUUAAGAAAUCUCAUUGUUACCUGUUUAUUUGUGCUUGAGGAUGUACUGUAGUGUGUAGUGGUGGGACGGUCUUGCAUUUCACUUAAUGUUUUUGUUUUCUUGCUGACCCAUACUAGUGAUAUAACGGUCUCCGACAUGCACAUUUGGCCCCACAGUGUGCUGAGAGUUCCUGUUGUGUAUGUUUUUGCACUCCUCUUGCCUCUUUGGUUCAUUAUCAGUUGCUUGAUCUUGUGAUGCGUUUGUCAUAGAAAUCAUUAGUAUUAAAAGAAAAGCCUUGCACGCACAUUCAGAGGCCUCAAGUAGUCUGAAGGUAUGUUUUCUCAUUUCUGAAUACUAAUGAUAUCUAUGAAAAUAUCAAAUUAUAGGUGUUGAAAUUGGUGGGAUGUGAUGAUUGAUAACAGACCAGAACUGCUAAGGAUGUCCAAAAAUAAGCACAACAGCUAUUUUUUGUAUAUCUGGUGGGGCUACAUGCACACAAUGUGUCCCUCUCUUCACCUGCACACCCGCAUAUCCCCUCACACGUGCAUAUUCUGUCCACCCUGGGCCUUGUAAUGGUAAUCCAAGGCCCACUAGUUCCACUUCUGUCUCUUCCUGUUGCUAUAAUUUUUUGUGACAGCUGCAUAUGUUUCAUGGUGCUCUCCUUGUCAUGGUUACAGAAUCACAGCAAGCUUGGAGUUUCUGGUCUUUGUUUUGUUUAUGCUAGAUUUCCAUACCUGUUCUGUGUUACUUUUCUUUGUGUACUGAGAUCUUGCUCUGUAGUGGUUCAUAUAUGUAUGCGUGUGAUACAUAUAUCGCCCUCUCCUUCCUCCUUCCUACUCCUCCUCCUCUUAACUUCUCAGUUAGUGGAUGUGACUUCAUGUGUUACCUUUAUCAAUGAAAAAUAGAGAAAUGAUCACGCCCAGUUUUUUUUGCCUAAUAAAGGUUUUAAAAAUGCACUCCUACUUCAGGAGGAUAUCUUGUAGUUUACAGAUAACAUAUAGCCUCAUGUAUUGUUCAUAGUUGAAAUUCAACCCUUCCUCUCAGUCUCCCACUUUUUAUUCCCCCACACCCAGCCUCCCUUACCACUCUUUGUGCUGGAAGACACUGAUUAUUACACGCUGUAGGUGAUGACGAUAAUGACGAUGGUGUUGGUGGUGGUGGUUGUGCUGAUGAUGGUAGCGUGAUCUGAGUGUUAUUUUUUUUCUUUGUUAGUUUUUUUAAUUUUAAUUUUGUAUUUAUUUUAUUUUUUCACCCGUGCCUACGGGUAAAGCUCCUCUUAUUAUUGGAAUAUUUUUGGUUUUUUUCUUCUCUUCUCUCUCUGCUAGGAUAACAUCGGGCACCGGCUGCUUCAGAAACAUGGCUGGAAGUUGGGCCAAGGCCUUGGCAAAACCAUGCAGGGACGCACUGACCCUGUGCCCAUCAUCCUUAAGUAUGAUGUCAUGGGGAUGGGACGAAUGGAGAUGGAGCUGGAUUAUGCUGAGGAUGCCACAGAGAAGAGGAGAGUCCUCGAAGUGGAAAAGGAAGAUACAGAAGAACUGCGGCAAAAAUACAAGGACCAGAUGGAAAAAGAAAAAGCCAUCGCAAAAGCUCUGGAAGACCUGAGAGCCAAUUUCUACUGUGAGCUGUGUGACAAACAGUACACCAAACACCAGGAAUUUGACAACCACAUUAACUCUUAUGACCACGCUCACAAGCAGAGGCUUAAAGAGCUGAAGCAGAGAGAGUUUGCCCGUAAUGUGUCAUCACGUUCCCGGAAAGAUGGAAAAAAGCAAGAAAAGAUGCUGCGGCGAUUGCAUGAACUUGCUGAGCAGAGAAAACGGCAAGACCGAACUCCUGGAAGUGGACCUAUGUUCAAAACAACUACAGUCGCUGUAGAUGGAGAGAAAGGAGAAGACAGCAACAGCAUGACACCUGAGAACAGCAUGACACAGUCUUUGGCAGACACUGCCCUGGAAGGAUCACUGUCAGAUAAAACUGGUCAAGCCUCCCCAAAGUCUGGUCCAACCUUUAGCUUCUCUCUGGGAAAGAAUGCCUCAUCAUCGCCAACUUCCAGCAGCGCAUCAAAAGUCAGUGUAUCAUUCUCUUUUGCCAAGAAAGCACCAGUAAAACUGGAGACAGCAGCUGCUGUUUUUGCUGAUCAUGGUGAGGAAGCUAUGGAGACAGAGGAGAGUCAAGAGGGAGAAAAGGCUGGAGGACAAGAUGACACAUCAGGCUGUGGCACAGACAGCCCUAAGGGACUGCCUGGAGGAGGUGAAGGAGGAGAAGGAGGUGGUGGUGCAGGUACAGAAGAGGUGCAGCAGCCUGAUGAUGGAGGAUCUUUAGCAUCAACGCUUAGCAAAUUGAAAAUGAUGAUGAAAACCAAUGAAGGAUCUCCUGGACAAGAGCCUCAGUACUACCACUAUGUACCACCAGCUCACUGUCGAGUAAAGCCACACUUCCAGUUUUUGCUGUUCAUGAAAGCCUCUGAACAGUGUCAGAGCAAAGAUGAAGAUGAUGAGGAAGAGACACAAGAGGAGAACAAGGCUGAAGAAAGUUCAGAACAUACAGAGAGCGGUGUGACAGAGUGCAAGACUGAAAAGGAACAAGGCAACGUUACUGCAGAUGCUGACCCAGACCUAGUUCCUCUAUCAGCUAAAGUAAAGGCAGAAGAGGAGACCCCUUCAUGUGCAGGAGAUGCAGCUCCUGCUGUACCAGCUUCACCCACCCAGAAAGCAGAGACACGUGAUACUGUGGAUGCAAACACUGGUCCGAAAAUGCCCACUGGUCCCUUCUUUCCAGUCCUGAGCAAAGAUGAGACUACCACCCUACAGUGGCCAUCGGAGCUCCUUGAAUUUACAAAAGCUCAACCUUCCCUGUCUUACAGCUGCAAUCCCCUCUACUUUGACUUCAAACUGUCCCGUAACAAAGGAGUGCGUGGUGGGAAAGUGGCAAAGUCCCCCAAGCCUGGUGAAGACACUGAUGACAAGGGACAAGAAGUGGCUGCUUCACCAUCUGAAGUAGAAACGGCUAAUAAACCUGGAACCAGUGCUGACAAAGACAAGCUAGUGUCAAAAGGAGAGUCUGGCCAGCCAGAAAGUGAAGAACAAAAGCCCACAAGUGGAAGUAAUAGUGCAAAGAAAAAAAAGAAAAAGAAGAAGCAUAAGAAGUCUGCAAAGCAUUCAAAACGCAAAGGAAAAGAAAAAGGAGCGGGAGAAGAUGCAGAAGGUGAGACUGAGGUAACACAAGAAAAGCCCAAAAAAAAGAAAAAACACAAACGUAAGAAGAGCAAAAACAAGGCUCAAGAUCAAGCUGAGGCAACAGGUGAAGAAAAGGAAAAACCUAAACCAAAGUCGGAAGAUAAAGCUGCUGCCUCCUCUGUUCAGCUGACAACUGGAGGGGAAGGAGCUACAGGAAACACAGGAGCAGAACUGGGGAAGAGGAAACGUGCUGCUAAGGAAGUGCCUUGCAAAUCUGGAGCAGAAGGAGGGAAUGGAAAAAGUACUGAUAAGGCCAACUCAUCUGAGGAGCACAGUGGCAACAAAAGACAAAAGACUGACACCAGUGCAUCUCAAAGUGCCUCGUGCUCCACCUCAGCCCAAAAGAGUCCUGGUUCUGGUAGACCUCCCAGCAGUGAAAGUGAAGAAGAAGGGGGCUCUAAUACCCAGCGCUCACGUCAUCACAGGUCAAGCCCGAGGGAACAGCGCCGCCACCAUAGUGAAGAAUCAGGGCGAUCCUGCAGCCGUUCAUCAAGACGGGGGGAACGACGAGGUAGUAGUCGCCGGCAUCAUCGUGGCCAAACCUCCCGUAGUCGCUCUUAUUCCAGCAGCUCUGAGCGCUCCUCAGCAGGCAGCAGUGCCUACAGCCACCGUAGCCGAAGCUACUCAGACAGCUACAGCGACUACAGCACAGAAGGUCGCAGACGAAGGCGCUCCAAACGUUCAUCCGACUCUGAGUAUGACCGCAGGAGUAGCCGAGGACGUAGACGAUCCAGGAGGCAUCAGUACACAUCUUCCUCUUCAGAAGACUCGCGCUCACGUUCACGCAGCUACAGCCGCAGGAAGAGGCACAGACGGCAUCAUCGUAGCAGCUCCAGAAGCUCCAGCAGCUGGAGUCGCAGCACUAGUGCAAGAUCCUGGAGGCGGAGCUACAGUCGUAGCUACAGCUCUGCUAGCCGCUCCUCCAGUUCAAAUAAAGGGUCUCCUCACAGACGAAGCACUAGGGGUCGAGAGGAUAGUGACACCCAUCGCAGAGACUUCAACCGCUCACGUAUCUACCGCUCCCAGUCUCCACGGUCUUCUUCUUCACGAGGCCUUAACCGAAACACCCAUUCAUCGAGCUCGCUGGGUCUGAGACCAGGGGGGUCACGAGAUGCAGGAGAACAGAAAAACACCCUAACUGCACGACAGCUGUUGGAGAAGGUUCAGUCCAAGAAAAGUUCUGAAGAUUCUACCACAGGAACAAAAUCUGGGAUUAAGAUUAAAGACCCACCGCAGGGCUAUUUUGGCCCAAAACUACCCCCAUCUCUUGGAAACAAAGCCAUGCUUCCACUAAUUGGUAAGCUGCAGGCAGGGAAAAAGCCAGCAAUUCCUUUAAUCAGACCUGAAGAGGGAGAGAAAUCAGGGACAGGGAAGAGCUCUGAAGCUGAAGGAGAGGUUAUAUUAGUAGAACCUAUAAGGGAGUUCCCACCUCCACCACCACCUCCAGCUCCACCAGUUCAGAAGGUUGAGGAAGCCCCACAGAGCACAGUGACUCAAGAAGAGACACAGCAGCCUGCAACAGAAGACCAGGGGCACCAAGAAACCCGGACAGUAUUUGAACAAGAGCCCUCCAUGAUGAUGCCCCAGUACCAAGGAGAGUCAGGACAGGACCUUUCCCAGAACCCAAUGAUGGAGUCCAUGAUGCCUGAAAUGCAGCAGCAGCAGGCUGCCAUGCAUGCCUACCCUGGUUACCCACCACCCAGCUUGGAGGAGGAUGGCAUGGAGGCAGAGGAGGACGGACUGGCUCCUUUGGAAAGUCAGCCCAUUACAUUCACACCAGAGGAGAUGGAGAAAUACAGCAAGCUGCAACAGGCUGCACAACAGCACAUCCAGCAGCAGCUUUUAGCCAAGCAGGUCAAGACUUUUCCCUCAGCUGCUGCAGCGGCCGCUGCCGCAGCAGCUGCCACUUUGGCCCCAGCGCCCCCUCCACCAGCCCUGCAGCAGAUCCACAUUCAGCAGCCAACUGUGUCCGUAGCUUCUGGCACAUCCAUCACCACAGUGCAACACGCCAUCCUUCAGCACCAUGCAGCCACUGCUGCAGCAAUGGGCAUCCACCCAGCUCAUGCCCACCACCCACAUCCGGCACAUGCCCAGCUGGCCCAGGUACAUCACAUUCCCCAGCAUCACCUUACCCCCAUCUCCCUGUCUCCUUUGGGGCCCUCACUUGGUCAUUCUCUGGGACACUCACUGGGGCAUGCAGGAUUGAUCCCUGCCCACCCAACAGCCUUCCUCUCUGGUCAGCCAAUACAUAUUAUCCCUGCUUCUGCACUUCAUCACACCCCCUUAGCUCUCCACCAUGUUCCACACACAGCCCUCUACCCCACACUUUUCACACCCCGACCCUCACAGGCUGCAGCAGCAGCAGCCCUUCAGCUCCACCCACUCUUACACCCAAUAUUCUCAGGACAGGACCUCCAGCACCCCCCUAACCACGGCUCUUGAAAACAAAUGAAAAUGAAGUAGUGUGUUCACAACAACCAACCACUAAAAUAAAGACUUAACCUGAACUCUCUUGGUUUAGGGUUUUAAAUAAAGUCUUUGUUACAUCAUGCAGGCUGUAAGACGUGAAUCUUGUGAGAACUUUACUGGCCUUCACAGUGCAGCACGUCCCCACAAAGUGGUUAAGACUGCUGGGUUCAAAAUUGACACUAACAUUUUCUUCUGGUACAUGUGAGAUUUUUAUUUUCUCAUGUUUUCACAGAUUUUUUUCUCCCCCUCUAAAAACUGUAGAAACUUCCUCUAGACCAUUGGUUUAUAUUCCAAUUUGGGGAAUAGUAACAGCCUCAGAAACUACUGGAGCUUUUUUGGUUGUUUUUUUGCUCAUUUUGGCAGCCAAAGAGAUACAUGAUGGCUAAAAGUGUAAGCAGAAUCAUGUUACGAUUCAAGGAAGUGGUUUUGUUCUAGAGGUGAACAUUUUAAUCUGUGUAAUCUAAUUUUCAGAGAUGGACUCUUUCAUAAUUACUGAUCUCUUGUUGUGUUUUCAAAUGACUACUCGCUCUCUAUUGGAUUCUUGGUUUAAAAGUAAUUUGUAAUGCAGUAACUUGUACAUAGAUCAGUGUGUAAUGUGAAGAAACCCACCAGUGACAGCCAUAUGGAAAAAAAACAAAACAGAUAUGGUGUCCAAACAAGUAUGACAUUGUCAUACAAGAAGCCCUCUCUAAAUCAGGGGAAAUGUGAUGAAGGGGUAUAAAUCUCCUGAAUACUCUGAAGCAAAGCUCUUGUUCCCUGAGAUGAGGGUACAUCUGAAUCAAUUGCACUGAAAUCUGUACAUCAAGAUGGUGCCUGUGCAUCAUAUAAUAAGAUUGUAGUAUACUGCAAUAAUUGUAUUUUUCUGUUUUUUAAAUUAUUUUCCAAAAUGCUCUUCAAAAGAAGAGCUGUGUUUGGCUUUUUUUUUGUGUGUAAUUUUGUAAAUAAAACUGCUGUAGAUUAACCUAUUAACGUUCUACUGGGUUGACACUGCUGUUGGGGGGAGGGGGAAAAGCAGACAAAUGACAAGUUGGAUGGGAGGUGGACACGUAUUUUAUCACGGUGGUUUGUUCAUCCCUGCUGGGGUGCCAAACAGCAGUGAUCUGUUUAAAAAGAAAAGUAGCAACUCUGUAUUUUUUAAAGACUUAACUCUGUUUCACCAAAUAAAAUCCUGAGUUUGUG